ACCGCUGCAGAGCCUGGGACAAGCACCAAAGACAAGCCGAGGUGCAGCAAAUGAGAGGAACCAUAUGAAGACAGUUUGCAUAAGAAAGCAAAAGGAUCACUUCUAACCGGCAACCAGUGCGGGUAUUUCUCCAUACCCACGCCUUCCUGUUGUGGGAUCAAUGAGCGUAAUGAGAGAAACCAGUGCGUAAAGUUGGUGAGCUGAUCUGCCCGUCUACCGCUUCCCCUCUGAACAUUAUUGUUGUCAUUUCUGGGGGAUCGCUGUGUUCCUGUGGUCCCGGUUCCAGUGUGGAUUUUAGAACCCAUCACAGUGUCUUUGUCUGUGGGUGAGCGAGGCUUGUUGGACGGUAACAUUUCCAGCGGAGCGCUGCUAGGAGACAUUAGAGGGGUCUGUGUGAACGUGCCACAUGUGUGUGGAAGAUAUGGAUUUGCUUUUACUAUAGCCAAGAUUUGCCGCGGUUUUUUAAAAUAUUCAUUUUUCAUUUUCUGACUGUGCGCGUGUUGUUAAAUUGUAUUUUCUCUUAAACGACCGCUGGGAUUUCACGACUCGUGCGGAAUUACAACCAUGAACUUUGUUGUCAGUUUGGUACAAAUCCUUUUGGCAGCGGUUCUUCAGCUAUCCACAGUAAAGACUGCCAGCAUUAACAAGGGAGUGGACAAGAGUAAAAAUGAGGUCCUCCCGCUCUUGGACGUCAUGGAGAAGAGUAAGUGCCAGCCAAGGGAAGUGCUGGUGGACAUCUUCCACGAGUAUCCGGAGGACACGGAACACACCUACAUCCCUUCCUGCGUGGUCCUUAACCGCUGUGGAGGCUGCUGCAACGACGAAGCGAUGGAGUGUGUACCCACAGAAACCCUUAACGUCACGUUGGAGGUAAUCCGGUUAAGACCAAUGGUAAUGCAACAUAAUAUUCACUUAAGUUUCACCGAGCAUAAAACGUGUGAAUGCAGACUAAAGCCAGAUGUUCAACUAAAGAAAGAAUACCACUGUGCGCCUUGCUCAGAGAGAAGAAAACGCUUGUUUGUGCAGGACCCUCUCACCUGUAAAUGUUCCUGCAAAUUCACACAAUUAGACUGCAAGUCCAGGCAACUUGAGUUAAACGAAAGAACUUGCAGAUGUGACAAACCAAGGAGAUGAGACCAGGAGAGGCGGACUACACUGUUAUGAAGGAAUCUUUUUUGGCACAGCACUUUGAAACCUGAGGAUGCAUUCCGUGCAAGAAAUGCAACACUAAAUGACAACGCGAGACAGGAUGUUGUCGACGCUGAUCUUGCCACUGUCUGUUUUCCGCCUAAAGAUAUUAAUAUAUAUGUACAUAACACUAUAAGUACAUCGACAAUGUGUAUUGCUGCUACAUAAAAGGAUAUUAUUUAAAAACGAAACGAAUGCGCCAGUGGCGUUGAAUGGGACAUGUUUCAGUGGCAGUCUUCUCAUAGUAGGACUGGGAAAAGAAAUCUUAUUUUAUGUAACACUUCACUGGAUGCUGGUCUGCUGUGGACACGAAUAUCUUAAAUAUUUCUUAGUAAGAGAAACUGGUGACAACAACUUCAUCAAGCAGUGCAGCAGAAGCCGAACUCGCCUCUAAGCUGUGACAGAAAAGGACUGAGUUUGGAUGGAGGGUGGACAAGGAGGUGCAGGUGGAGAAACAGCUGUUGAACUUGAACUAAACUACAGGUCCAAGAACCGUUUCCCUCUGUGACGAUGUGAAGUUUUGUCACCACUGUACGAAGUGACUCCAGUUGGUGUGAGAAUCACCUAAAAUGUCUCUCAGAGUUUCCAGAAAUUGACUGUUGGGUUACGUGCCGUGGUGAUGGAUAAUGUGAAGAUGACUUUCUUCCCACACGGAAGGGGUUACACGAGGACGGCACGAAUGAACUACAGGUUGAUUUACAGCGCCGCUUUGGCAAGUAACUAAUUAGCCACCUGAGUUAAGGUUAGGGUUUGCCCUAUCUCUAAAUGUAGGCAAGUAAAACAACCUCUAAUGUUGAAGUUAAGUGUCAAAGUUUUCAUCAGGGUUAAAGGUAACACACUACUAUCUGUUUGUACUUGUGCCUCCUUUACGUAACCCUUUCCUGCUUGGAAAACAGAUUUGUCUCUCUUUUUGUGCACAGAGUUUAUUAUUUGUAUUUUAAGGUAUUGUGUUUUUUUCACAACAUGUCUUGAGACCAGGCUGCCUAAAGGGAUUCUACUGUAGGUAUAUACGGAGACAAGAAGUAAACAGAUGAGCUGAUCACAGCUCAUCUCUAUAGAAAUCCACAGCCUUCCAGUUUUCUUAUUUAAUGGCUUUGUGUGUGUUCCAAAGAAAUAGUCAUACAUCCACAACAGAGCAGUUUAUCUUAAACGAUCUGUAUAUACUUACUAGAUAUCCCUGUGACUAGUACACUACACCUAAUUUAUAGAAUAUGUUCAGUAUUCUGUAUCAUUAUAUUUAUAUGCAGUGUUAAAGUAUUUUUUGUUUGUCCUCCUCAAUUGUUUUUUUGUCUGUCUGAAGAUUGAACAGAGAACACGUUUGACUGUAGAUGCCUUUUUUUUAAGAGAGAGAAGAAAAUGUCUAAUAGACAAUGCUUUGACAUUCCUGAUUUAACAUAAAGCUGCGUUUCUCACCAGCCAGAGGGGGAUCAUGGUGGGCCUGUUGACCGAUAGAAACCCCAGCCAUCAGUGUGUGAAUGAUGCCCCGACACAGGUGGUUUUCAUUUUGGAUUGGGGCGAUGGACAUGUGGUUUUGCACUUGUGGGCCCGAAGACACGUCAUAAGGAGGACUGAGGGAGUCUUGUUGCCGCUGUUCAGGCCUUUAGUCUAAGGGUGGUAAACUGCUGCAGAGGGUUUUUUUUUCUCAUUUUAACCCAGGCACUAACAAAAAGUUCAAACUUAUUCUUCUAGCCAGGAAAGCACAGCCACCAACCACAAAUCAAACUUUCCCUUUAAUAUUAAACUGUUACCAUAUAAGAAAAUGACCUUACUCAUUGUUGUGUAGCCACAACAAAGCUGUAUGAUAAAGAAUAACAAGACACAAAGAUUAGUAAAGUCAUAAAUUAUUUUUAAUUGCAAGUGAUGAAGAAACUACAUGGGCCACAAUAGGAAGAUUUAAAACUAUUAUACUGUUAUAGAUUUUAAAGUAUGCACCGUGUGCUUCCACAUAUCAUCUAUAUUAUCUAUAAGAUAAUGUCAUUAUUAGGGAUGAGCAUGAGUACUUGAGUCCUUGAACUGAACAUCAGUAUUUGUUCAACAUAUACAGUAAUCGCUCUCUCUUUUUUUUUGCUUUGUAAAAAGAACACACAUAUAUAAAAGAUAUAAAGGUACAUUGCCCCUGUCCUGUACUUAAAGUGUAUAUGUUUUGGAUGGGAGGCAGUUAUCUAACUGCUAUCUAUGAAUAUCCAAAUAGAUCCAUAUUGAAAAAAAUACUAGACCUGCACAGCCACAAUUCUUUUGUUUUAGUUAAAAGAGCGUUCAGUGUUUUCAGAUGGCUCAAUCUAACGAUACGGGCUGAUUGGCGACCAGACAUGAGAGGGAUGUUUGGAAGUAUCCUGACAAAAUAAACUAAAUGAAUGUGCAGUGCAAGCUAUGUUAUGUUAAAGUUGCAGAUCAUAGAACAACUAGUUUGAUUAUUGACCAUUUAUGCAUUAAGUACAUGGAGAAAACAGCAGAGACAGAUAACAGGCAAUCAAACAGGCAAGCCUAUGAAAUGAACUUUAUCACCAUUACUUUUUACAUAAAAUGACUAGUUCAAAUGUGUAAAUUAUCAGAUUGCCUACCUGCAAUUAUAGGAAUUGUCAGAAGACAGGUCAAGACUCAAACUCACUGGCUUUAGACUCCAUUUUUAAUAUAUAUUUUUAACCCUUUUCCAUAAAACAUGAUGUAUGAUGUACUUAAACCUCUAAUGCUUGGUCAAAUGAAAGUUUUGUAAUAUCAGAUGCUCAUCGCUUAAAGCUGCUACAUAGAAAAGCCUCGACAAGGAAUUUCUUUGAAUGAACCCUACCUGUGUCAUGUGUUAGUGCCAGUUGUACCACUGCUGUUCAUCAAACAUGUGAACCAACUACACAGAUUAUUAUCACUACCACCCUCAAACUAAAGACCUGAGUGUUCUCACUAAGUCCGUCUGCUGGCUCAGUGCACAUGGCUCUCCAGUCCUCUGAUGAUGAGAACAUUCUAUUUGUAUUUAAAAAACAGACUUUUUUUUUUUUUUGAGUUUGUACAGCCACAAACAUUUCUAGUAUAUUUUCACAUUAAUAUAUUUAUUGGUGCUGUAAAAUAUUUUACAAUAUUAAUACUCCUCUUGGUUGUUGUUUUUAGUGAAACUAUUAAAACAUAUUUAUUUUGAAAAUACAUUGUUUUUUUUUUUAUUAAACGUCUUUUGGAGCCUUGU